ACUCCCCCCGCCCGGGUGGUGCGCCCUGUGCUCUGGGUGACCAGCAUCUCCUCUGUCCCGGCAGCCGCGGGGGCCUGUGGGGGCUUCCUGUCCCGGCCCUCGGGGCGCUUCUCCAGCCCGUCCUACCCCGGGAGCUACCCCAACAACGCCCGCUGCGUGUGGGACAUCGAGGUCCAGAACAACCACCGCGUGACCGUCGUCUUCAGAGACGUGCAGCUGGAGAGCAACUGUAACUACGACUACAUCGAGGUGUUCGACGGCCCCGCCCUCAGCUCCCCGCUCAUCGCCCGGGUCUGCCACGGCUCAAGGGACUCCUUCACGUCGUCCUCCAACUUCAUGUCCAUCCGCUUCGUCAGCGACGGCAGCGUCACCCGCAGCGGGUUCCAGGCCGAUUACUACUCCCGUCCCUCCAACCACAGCACCAAGCUGCUCUGCCUGCCGGACCGGAUGCAGGCCAACGUGAGCCGGAGCUACCUGCAGUCCCUGGGCUACUCGGCCAGCGACCUGGUCAUCCUCCACUGGCAGGACGUGCAGCAGUGUCAGGCCCAGGUCACGGCGAGCCAGGUGACCUUCACCAUCCCCUACGCGGGCUGCGGCACCACCCAGCAGCUGGAUAACGACACCAUCACCUACUCCAACACCCUCCAAGCAGCCAUCCCCGUCGGGAACGGCCUCAUCCAGAGGCGGCCGAGCCUGCACCUCCACGUGAGCUGCCGGAUGCUGCGGGACACCUGGGUGGACCUCAUGUACGUGGCCAACGACAACGCCGAGGUCCAGGAAGUGCAGUACGGCAACUUCGCCGUCAACAUGUCCUUCUACACGUCGUCCUCGUUCGCCUACCCCGUGACCAUGCACCCCUACUACGUGCGCUUGAACCAGGACCUGUACGUUCAGGCCGAGAUCCGCCGCGCCGCCGCCCCCAUGGCCCUGUUCGUGGACACCUGCGUGGCGUCGCCGUCCUCCCAGGACCUGCCCUCUGUGGCCUACGACCUCAUCCGGAGCGGGUGCGUGAGGGACGACACCUACCAGGCCCUCCCCGCGCCCGCACCCGGCCUCGCCCGCUUCAAGUUCCGCUCCUUCCACUUCCUGCACCGCCUCCCCGCCGUGUACCUGCACUGCAAGGUGCUCGUGUGCAGGGCCCACGACCCCGCCUCCCGCUGCCGGGGCGGCUGCCAGCCCAGGCCCAAGCGAGACCUGGGCUCCUACCAGGAGAAGGUGGACGUGGUCCUGGGCCCUAUCCGGCUGCAGGCGCCAUAGCCCGGGAGAGGAGGAGCCUGGGUAGGUGGUCGCCCUUGACCCCCCGCCCCGC